AUGAACAGCACCCUGGGAAACAGGGGGGAUGCUUGGGCCCCGAGCCACAGGCAGUGUCUCCUACCCUCUGUGGCUCACACUCCCUCUGUCACCGAAGUGACACCAGCCAAGAAGAUAACCUUCCUCAAGCGAGGAGAUCCCCAGUUUACUGGGGUUCGCGUAGCUGUUCACCAGCGCACCUUCAAGACCUUGAGUGCCCUGAUGGAUGAGCUGUCUCAACGAGUGCCCCUGUCCUUUGGGGUGCGUUCUGUCACCACACCCCACGGCCGGCAUGGCCUCAGUGCCCUGGAGCAGCUGCAAGAUGGGGGCUGCUACCUCUGCUCUGAUAAGAAGGUUUCUAAGACUCCCAGAGAGCCAGGCCGGCUGCAGAGGAGAAACCCCUCUGCUGUGAAGUCACAGGGGUCUGAAGGUGGACGUGAGGCACUAGGAACAUCCUCUUCCUGGAAGGGUCCCUUGGCCCCCAGGAGGAUGACACUGGUGAGAAACGGAGACCCUAGAUGCCAGCAGACAGUGGUUCUCAGCCACAGGAACACCAGGAACCUGAUGGCCUUCCUCAGCAAAGCCUCAGAGCUGCUGCAUUUUCCUGUGAAGCAGGUGUUCACAAUCACUGGGAAAAAGGUGGACUCUCUGCAGACUUUGCUGCAGGGCCCUGCUCUGCUGGUGUGUGCUGGGAAUGAGGCCUUCAGACAUACGGGGAUAGAAGGAAGAAACAGGACGGGACCUUUAUGUGGUCUGACUACAAGGACCAAAAGCGGAUACUGGGGACCAAAGGCCAAGCAGAGCAUGAUGCACUCGAGGUCCAGGUCCGGCAGCAGGCUGCAGCCGUUUUCCUUGCUGUCAGAGAGGUCUGGUCUCAGUGACCAUCUUAAAUCCAGUCACCCUGCUUGGGUGGGACCUGCCUUGAACAGGUACCCUCAGGACACUCCUUCCCUGCCUGGCCCCUUGGUGGCUGGUGAUGAUGUGGAGAAGAAGGUCUGCAUGAAUAAGGAUGGCAGUCUGUCUGUGGAGAUGAAAGUACGCUUCCUGCUCUUGGGCGAGGAUGCCCUGAGGUGGUCCCAGAAGGUGGGGCAUGCCAGUGUCUUUACAGCAGCCAGUGGGGAGGGUCAGGUCCUGGGGGAAGCUGACCCCCUCUGUUGCAGACAAGAGGGCCACACUUGGGGCUUCUCAGAGCCUGGAGCCCAAGGACUGGGUCCCUUUGAUGGAGGAUGCCAGGGGGCCUUUGAUGGAGGUCAGCAGCCAGGGCCAGGCUAUGACAUCUGGAGGAAUCCCCUGACUACCCGCAAGGGAACAGGGCCAGCUCAGAAGAGAUGGGAGCUAACCCAACUCUCCUGCUGCAGGAGCCACAGGAGCCAGGGGGCCAAUGGAAGGGAAAGACAUGUCAAGGACAGUGCCAGCCCAGCCUCAAGUCUCAGAUGCCCUGAAAGUAGCCAGCCAGGCUCCUGCUGCCCCUGGACCCCAGAGGAUGGGGUAGGCAGAGACAGCUUUUGUCCAGCCUCCUCAGUUUCUUCCCAGAGUGGGGCUGAGCUAGAAGCUGAUAAAAGCCCCUGCUCAGAGGGCACAGGGCUCUGUGACUUGGGACAAUGCCAAAGCCUGGGAACUAGGACCCAAGAUAUGGAAAAGGCUUUUUAUGACACAUCAGACAGUGCCCAGUCUCAUGAGAAGUCUGGGGAGUGGGCUGGUCAUCACAAGAGUGGCACGAGCCAAGCAAGGGCCAUGACUUCCCAGGGUAAGGUCACCCAGGGUGAUAGCACUUGUGUUCCCACCCUAAGCCCUUUUUCCUUGAGCCACAUGGACCUUCAUAAAGAGAAGUGUGAACAGGGUACUAGGUGCCAUGAGGCCAGAGGUGGGUCUGUGCUAAGACUACCCCUGGCUCCAGACCAUUCUGGCUCUUGGGAUGCAGAGAGGGACAUUCCCCCAGCGCCUGCCUGUGUCCCAGCCCAGCAGAGGAAGAGAAAGCAAAAGAGACCAGCGAGUGCUGUGUGCUUGCCCAGUGUCUCUGUCUGUCAUCGAGUGACCCAGAAAGGCCAAGCCAGGCAGUGUCACCACUGCAGGGUCACCCAGGUCCCACUGGACUCACUCACAGUCCUACAAAUACCAAGGCCGCCAGACAGUGGAAAGACCUGUACAGGAGACCCAGAGCCACAAUAUCCUCAAAACUCAUCAGGUAUCGGGAAUCAGCCUUCCAGGGGCCUCAGAACACCCUUCUUUGGUUCCCUUGGCUUUCAGGACCCACCAGCAGUCAGCAAAUCCACCAUCACGUCUGUGAGUAACUCAGACCAUGUUUCCAGUUUUUACCAUCCUAGCACUCGCUCUGCAGAGCCAGCAGGGGACACCGAGUCGAGGCGUCACUCUGUGGCUCCCACACCUGUCUGUAUGCAAGGGGCUGCUUCCCUAUGAAAUGAGGCAGGGAGCACCCCUGAACCUUCAUCCUCUGUUUUGCCGUACAGAUGGCCGGAAGCAGAAGAUUCAUGGACCCCUCAAGACCACUGCUGCUCACAGACUGUUACCUCCUCCAUCCUGGGGACUCCCAGUGGUCAAACACAGGCCCCCUUCUCUGAGACCUGCUGGGUAGAUAACAGCAUCUGCCCCACUUCACCCAAGGAGCAACGUACUGGGAACCACCCUUCAAGCAGCAGUAACAGUGGCAGUAACUGCAGAAUAGCUGAAGGUCACGCCGGGCUUGGGAGGGUUGUUCUGUGGAAGGCCCCUGGUGAGGAGGGGGAGGAGGAGGAGGAAGAGGGGGGCAUGAUGCCCAGUGGUCUGCCGUGUGCCUCUCCAGAUGCUGUGGUUCGUGAAUGGCUAGACAACAUCCCAGAAAAGCCAGUACUGGUGACGUACGAGGUGAUAGGUGAAACCACAGAGGUGGCCAGCCGUGGUCUAGAACGUCCUGAGAAGGACCCUGGUGAUGACUGUUCUCUGAAAGGCCUGGAGGAACUGGCUCAGGCCAGUCAGCAGCCCCCAGAAGGGGUCACUGAUGAGUACCCCGAGCCAGCUGGAGUCCCCCCAGAGAUUGGUAAUGUGCACCCCAAAUCAGGAGGUGGUUCCCAUCAUGAUACAGCACCAGAUGAAGGGUCCAAGGCCCCUGCAGAGGUUGGAGAAGGAACCACUGUGGGCCAUGGUGUGAGCCUGGGUGUGCUCCCCAGCAGAGUGUCAGCCUCCACGCAGCUCAUGAAGGUCCUGCUGGGCUCCAAGCAGGGCCGGCCAAGUAGUUUGCCAGAGGUCUCCAGCGCACUGGCCCAGAGGCUCAGCAGCUCUGCUGAGGCCCUCGUUGCCUGCCUUGCCAGGCUCCACUUCUUUGAUGAAGAUCUGGGGCCUCUGACUGACAAAGUGAGGCUGGACAAAUCCCUUAAGUACCAGGAGCUCCUGAGCAUCUCCCAGGACCUGUGGCCUGUGAGUGAGCUUGGGCAAGCCCAGCUGGAUAUGGGCCUGGGGAGGCUCACCUCACACCAGGUUCUGCAGGGGAUGGAGAGCUUCGCGCCCACCUCUCCCUCUGGCAUAGAUGUCAGCAGUGGCUCUGGGGGCUCAGGCGAGGUCAGUGUACCUUGUGCCAUGGAUAGCAGCACACUGGUCUCCAAAAGAGUAGAGCUGCCCUUGGAGAUCUCCUCCCGAAGACCUGAUUCCAGGGUUCAGGGGCACCCAGAGGAGCCAAGUCAUUCCGUAGUCUCAUCCAGCUCCCAGGCGUGGGCUUGUGCCGCCAGCAGGAAGGAGUCAAAAAGAGGUGGCACGAUGCCAACACAGGGUGAUGCUCUGGAGGAAUUAGUUGAAAACCCAGUGCAGGGAGAGGAGCCGCGAUUAGAGGGAGAAGAGACAGAAAGAGAGCAGCCACGACGAGCAGAGGGUGUCCAGAGAGAAGGGCUUCCAGAAGGGGCUGGAGUCAGCAGACAGGGAGCAUUAGGGGCUGAGUCCCAGAAUGGGGAGGUCUCACCAGAAGAUGGCAGAGUGCCAGAAGAGGAAGCAGGAAGAGAUGCUGCCUCCACAGACCUGUGUCCCCCAGAUCAGAGAGAGGAACCUGCAGAUCCCUCUCACCAUCUUGAUGAGAGGAGCUCACAUGUUAGCGAGAGUCAAAAUGUCCCCAAAUUGAUCCGGUUGGAAAAACUGCCCAGAAUGGCUCUGAUGGGCUCUAGUCAAGGAGCCAAGGUGACAAAUGAGCCCACUGCCCACAGAGUGUCUCUGGAUCCUGACCCAAUCUGUGUGUCCAAGCUGCUGAAGAAGAUAGAGAAGACCUUCAUGGCUCACCUGGCUGGAGCCACAGCUGAGCUCCGAGCUUGCUCGAGCCUGCAUGACAAUGGCCUGCUGGACCAGAUGGUGAUGGAGUUGGAGCAGGAUGUGGGUCAGAGGCUCUAAGCAAGCACUGACAGGGAGCUUCAGAAGAUCCAGAGCAGGGCAGGGAGGAGGGCUCCAAGGCCACCCCGGGAAACCCUCAGAGGACGGGCAUCCCUGCAGACGGAGCAGCGCAGGUGUUGGCUUCCGGGCCUGCGAAACUUCUCAGCCUUCCCUGGCCAGGGGCCCCUCUCUCUCACCCUGGAGGAUGGGCCUAGCCUCAGCACAGCUAUAGUGAACAGGCCAGGUUGGACCACUGGGGAUGUGUUCUAUCCCUGUGAGGCCUGUCAGAGGGAGAUGACCCCCAUAUUCCCUAAGAACACCAUGGCAGCCGUCAGUGCACCUGUCAGAAAGGCCUUCGACCUACAGCAAAUUCUACAGAGCAAGAAAGCAAGAUGUAGGGAUGGAGAGGCAGCAGGGGUGGCCUCUGAGAAGAGGGACGAUGCUGCUGCAGGACGAGCUGUGCAAGGAGCUGAUGAAGGGCAAGAGCUGAGGUUGGCCCCAGGACCUGGAGUGGAUGAGGGAGAGAAUGUGGAAGGGAGCCAGAGGCCCAGCAAAGAGGAAGAUUCUGGGCUCUUGGAAGUAGAGGGAACUGGGUAUUAUGAGUCAGAAGAGGAUGCAGCCACUGAGAGAGAAGGGAAAAUCCACGUCAGUGCUGUGCAAGAAGCCCAUCACGGGGAGGAGAACUUGACCAAGAAGGAAGGAACCCUGCACCAGGGCUCCAGGGAUGGGGCCACUUUGGAAGCUGUAGGACAGGGUGAUGGAGGCCACUCGGUGAAGAGUCAGGAAGCCCCAAGAGGAGGACAGACAGAGGCAGGAGGAGGAAAUCAAGGUGAAAAAGAAAAUGGCUCUUGGAUUAGCUCAGGAGAGAGCCAAAGGGGGGCUUCUGAAAACAGCCUCGACCAAGAGGGGAUGCCCCAUGUCCACCACCAAAGGCCAGGCCCCCAAAGCUGCCAUGCAGGUCACGCCUACAGAUCUCCAUCUCUAGGCAGCUACUCACAGAUCUCUCUGAAGGGCUCAGAAGAAAACUGUCCAAGCACAGACCUCAAGGACACCAAAGCUGAGGACAGUGAGGUCUUACAUGUGGAGAGGAAAGUAACCACAAUGUACCCAGAAAGUUCUACUUCUGAGCAAGAAAGAGAUUCCUCAGGCGCAAGGACCCCCGAGCAGGGAACCAGUGAAGGCUAUGAUGUGGGAGACAAAUGUUUGGCCUGUAUCCAGGUGGGCCACAGGGCAGAUUGCUUUGGCCAGGAUGAUCUAGAUUUCUAG